AUGAAACGACCGAAACCUCGACCGACUCUCCCUGACGACUUGAUCGAAUCCGACUCGGUGUUCUUUAGAAAACCCGGAAAUGAGUCUGUUGUCGGUUCAGGAACAUACGGAAAAGUAUUCAAGGGGCUCAAUGUAUACACAAAAGGACUCGUUGCUCUGAAGCGGAUUCGCAUGGAGGGUGAAAGAGACGGGUUUCCGGUGACGGCCGUCCGAGAAAUCAAACUGCUGCAGUCGCUGAGGCACACCAACAUUGUCAAUCUUCAGGAGGUCAUGGUAGAGAAGAAUGACUGCUUCAUGGUUUUCGAAUACCUCUCUCAUGAUCUGACAGGCUUGCUCAACCAUCCUUCCUUUACGCUAGACCCGGCCCAGAAGAAGCACAUGGCCAAACAGCUUUUCGAAGGUUUAGACUAUCUUCACGAGAGAGGCGUCCUCCAUCGGGACAUUAAAGCUGCAAACAUUCUUGUCAGCAGUGAGGGAAUAUUGAAGCUGGCGGAUUUCGGACUGGCUCGGUUUUAUGCGAAGCGACACCAGCUGGAUUACACGAAUCGGGUAAUUACAAUCUGGUAUCGCUCACCAGAGCUCCUACUGGGAGAAACGAAGUAUACCGCUGCCGUCGACGUUUGGAGUGCCGCGUGUGUCAUGGUGGAGAUUUUCACCCGACUUGCCAUCUUUGCUGGAGAUGGAACAGAGCUCAGCCAGCUUGACAAGAUAUAUAAUAUCCUCGGGACACCAACCCGCCAUGAUUGGCCUGGAAUUACAGAUAUGGCCUGGUUCGAGCUGCUCCGACCAACUGCCAAACGAAAGAAUGUCUUUGCGGAGAAAUACAAAGACAGAGUCUCUCCAGCUGCCUUUGACUUGUUAAAAUCCAUGUUCUGUUACGACCCAGCAAAGAGGCCCACGGCAUCCAAGAUCUUGCAACACGCAUAUUUCACUACCGAAGAGCCGCUGUCAAGGCAGGCCAUAGAGUGA